UAACUAACUAAUCGGCAAAAAACCAAAACGGCCAAACUCCAAAUUUGCCCUGCUCCGCCGCCCGCUUGGCCACCUCGCCGGAAGGCACACAAAAUUGGCAAAGUCACAGGUAAUUAGUUACGUUUCACAUCAUCUUUGAUAUAGCAAAUACAAUUCAUCAUUUACUAACUUGACCGUCGGAGGGUCGUUGGCCUCAAGGCAACAGCCGACCCCAACGGUGCUGUAUCGUUGCAGGAUUAUGACGGGAUAAAAGCAUAAACGCAAGACGAUACGGACGCCAGAACAAAAGGCUCAUCUAAAGCACCAUCGCUCAAUUGAACGGCAGCUUCUCCAUAUAUCAUUUCUCCGCGGUCACGGAAGAGAGAUAAUGGGAUCUCAACCGUCGCCAUCGCCAUCGCUGCUCCGUCGUCUGGUUGACAUUGACUCCGAACUUUCCUUGCGUCUCUACAACAUAGCUCGCCCCAUCAUCCCUUACUACCUUCUCAAGGCAUUAGAAAUCUCGGGAGACGGUCGCCUGUUCUUCCCUGUCAUUAUAUCUUUGCUGCUCACGACCUCUGCCGCCGGCGUGUUUCUCAUCAACCUCCUCCUUGCAGCCCUCCUAGAUCUGGCUCUGAUCGGGCUCAUCAAGCACAUCAUCCAACGACCCCGACCUGUUUACAAUAAGAACAUGUCCCUGUCCUUCGCUGUCGACCACUGGUCAUUCCCCAGCGGACAUUCCUCCAGAGUUUUCUUCAUCGCCACCAUGUUCUACCUAUCAUCCGAUCUUAUACCAAGACUGCUAGAGGAUCGCGAGUAUUCAGGCCAUCUCAUUUACGUUCUCGGAUCGUGGGCAAUCAUCACAUCCGGUUCUAGGGUUCUACUUGGCCGCCAUUUUGUUCUCGAUGUGGUUGCCGGAGCUUGCGUGGGUGUUUUGGAAGGAAUGUUCGCGUUUCGCUUUCUCCGUUUUGAGAAUCUUACCUCAUUCUUGUUCUUCAAAUGAGACAAAAUUGGGCUGAAUUGCAAAAUAUACAGUAGAUUUAUUGCAUUUGGAUUUGAUCCGUCUUUUCUUGUUGUGGAAUCUGUAAUCUGUGAAUUGCAGAUCCAUCCGUAGGGGAUGAUAAAUGAAUUGCAGAUGAUUGAGUAGCACCGAUUAUCAUAAUCAAAUUUUCUUCUGAACCGGCCGACAUGAAAAACUAUGUUCAGACGAGACAAAGAAGGCCAACGAAGCUUAAUUAGGAGGCAACAGUUAACAUUUGUAGAGGCAAAUGACCGUAUGCUCAGCCUCAGUUAGUUUGUUAACUUGUUUUAUUGUUGAUCCUGAAUUUAUUGGAUUAACCAGGACUCUCAAGAAUUCAUCUCAAAGGCUUUCAACAGAAGUUAGUUCCAAUUGCUCGAACAAUGCCUUUGGUUCCCAACACACAUAUUGCCUCUUCAGGUGAGAGGAAGCGUACUCCCAACACAACUCUGGGGAGAACCUUCACUGACUGAUAAAAAAUUGUCAGGAUCUCUACAAGGAGCUACUUCCCACACUUCCAGUUGAGGUGAAAUGAAGACUUGAUUGUGCGACUAGUCAAGCUAGAUCUUGGAGCUAAAGGGUCAUCAUAAAAGUCCUCCCAAAUUCACUAGGUGAUUUGAACCUCACACUUUGGGAGGAUCUUAACUGUGGGAUGUGGUUGACAUGGACCACUCGUGCUCGUCAAACGUGGUAUAGGUUGUUUCUUUGAGUUGAAAUACUCCCCCUCUCCCAUAUUUUUCUUUUUCUUCCCAAUUUAAAUUGGGGAGUUAUAUAGACAAAUGAAAAAGUACUUUGGCUUUUUCUUAAUACCCUUUGACGGAAUGUAAAGAGAGAGUUAAGAAAAAGUAUACCACAAAGUGAAAAAUGUAGAAAUAAGGAUUUGAUAGACGUUCAAUAAAGGAUUUUAAGAGCA